UCUAUUCAGAUGAAGAGAUCUAGUGAAAGACGGUUUCAUUUAGCUAUUUUUUGAUGAAAACCUAGCAGUAUUUAGCUCGCAGGUUAGUGGGCAGUGUGUUGAUGGCUAAGAAUCAGGUGGGUGCAGGGCCAUUCGCCAGAAGGCCCGAUAACUCGGCGUUUAAACAGCAGAGACUACCAGCCUGGUCUCCCUCCCUGACACCACAUACCGUGCUGUCUGUCUUCUAUGGCCUCUCGCUCAUCUGUGUUCUUCUGGGAAUCUGGCUUCUCAUUACCGUUCAGAACACAUACCAGCUGAAGGUUGACUAUACAAAUGGAUCCUGUAAAAAAUGCUUUGAGAUGCGCAAGUACCCAGCCAACGCUACGAAGAACUGCAUAUGUACCGCCAACUUCAAAGUUCCAAAGGCCUUCCUGGGGGAUGUGUUCUUCUACUACGGCCUGAUUAAUUUCCACCAGAACCUGCGCCGGUACAUGGACUCCCGCGAUGAUGCCCAGCUGGUCGGGAGGAAGAAGAGCCUGAAGUUCCCCAGCACGUACUGCAAGCCAUUUGCUUAUGAUGAGAACGGCCUGCCUAUUGCUCCCUGCGGCGCUGUAGCAAACAGCAAGUUCAAUGACUCGUUUAGAUUGGUGUAUCAUCAGCUGGAUGGGCCUGCGGUGACUGUUCCGCUCCACAGGAGGGGCAUCACCUGGUACACAGACAAAAACAUCAAGUUCCACAACCCUCCAACAAACACUACACUCCAGGAGGCCUUCCAAGGUACAGCACAACCAUUGUACUGGCAACGACCAGUAUAUGAUCUAGACCCUGAAGAUCCCAACAACAAUGGCUUCAUCAAUGAUGACCUGAUUGUGUGGAUGAGAGAGGCAGCUUUCCCCAACUUCAAAAAGCUCUACGGCAUUCUCAACCGUGCCCACGCCCUUUUUUCACAUGGCCUGCCCGCCGGCAACUACAGCAUCAUCAUCACAUAUAAUUUCCCCGUCCAAUACUUCCAGGGCAAGAAAGAAGUGGUUGUUUCCACAGUGACCUGGUUUGGGGGCCAGAAUUAUUUCCUGCCCAUCGCAUACCUAGUGAGCAGUGGGAUGACAUUCAUAGCAGCCAUCGUUCUCACUGUGAUCCAUGUGAAGGUGGGCCGGGAUGGAAAGAACAUGGAGGAGUAAGAGAAUGCAAGAGGAAGAAGAGGGACAGAGAAGCCUUUAAACAGGACUGUAUGAUCAUGGAGAGGCAUACAGUGACCUCAAAAACUGAAAUGCC